AUGCCUCUCGUCGCGAAAGCCCCCACGGACCGCAUCAUCCUCGGCCUCAUGACCUUUGGUCCCAAGGCCGAGGACGGCGCGCGAAUCACCGACCUCGACACCUUCAACAAGGCUCUCGACGUCUUCCAGGCUCGCGGCUACAACGAGGUCGACACGGCGCGCGUCUAUGUCGCCGGCGGCCAGGAAGCGUUCACGCGCGAGGCCGGUUGGAAGCGGCGCGGGCUCACACUCGCCACCAAGGUCAAGUACCCCAACAACCCGGGCGAGAACACGGCCGACAAGGUCGUCGAGUCGGUCGAGACGAGCCUGCGCGAGCUGGGGACCGACUGUGUUGAUCUCCUCUACCUCCACCGCCCCGACCGCGCCACGCCCUUCCAGGAGACGCUCGAGGCCAUGGACCGGCUGCACCGCGCGGGCAAGUUUGUUCGCUUCGGGCUCAGCAACUUCACGGCGUUCGAGGUGGCCGAGGUCAUCAUGACAUGCAAGUACAACGGCUGGGUGCGGCCGACCGUCUACCAGGCCAUGUACAACGUCAUCACCCGCAACAUCGAGCCCGAGCUGCUCGUCGCCUGCCGCCGCUACGGGCUCGACGUGGUCGUCUACAACCCGCUCGCCGGCGGGCUCUUCUCGGGCAAGAUCAAGUCGCGCGACAUGGUGCCCGAGAGCGGGCGCUUCUCCGACGUGAGCUCGGCGCAGGGCGCCAACUACCGCAACCGUUACUUCCGCGAGAGCACGUUCCGUGCGCUGCAGCUCGUCGAGGGCGCGCUGGCCAAGCACGAGGGGCUCACCAUGAUCGAGACGGCGCUGCGCUGGACGGUGCACCACUCCAAGCUGCGCGUCAAGGACGGCAACGACGGCAUCCUCAUCGGCGUCUCGAGCGUCGAGCAGCUCGCGAACAACCUCGACAACCUCGAAAAGGGCCCGCUGCCCGCCGACGUCGUCGAGGCCCUCGACCAGGCCUGGGCCGUGUCCAAGGCCGACUCGGCCAACUACUGGCACGGCGACGUCGAGUACGGGUACAACACCCACGAGGCGCUGUUCGCCGGGGGCGCCAAGUGA